AUGUUGUGGGCGGGUAUUGUUGUUUUCGGGAACGAACGUGUAGUGAGGUUGUACAGGAAGGCGUCCAACGCAACUCUAUCUAGUUUGCGUGGAGAUUCCACGACAAGCCGCUGUCAGUCUGUCUGCAUGUUUUGUGCUUCAUUUUUUGCGAUCACUUUUCGCUCGGCGUUGUUAAAGGCAUUCGUCGCGAGUGACUUGAGUGUGUUUUGCAGUGUGAUGCGUGGUGUGAUGUUUUCCCAUUGAAACAGAUGUUGCGUAUCAAGGUGAUCACGGUAGGUGGUAUUGCGCUAUAGCGGCAAGUGCACGCCUUGAGUCUCAGGGAGAAUGCGGGUCCGCCGCCAACUUGGCGUCUCGAGGAGCGAGGAGCGUGUGUAUUGAUGGUGGGGUUACUUUCGAGAGAGAGUGAGUCUAUCUGCCAUGGCCAUGUUGCAAGCAAGGGUCGAGAGCCUUGCAAGAAAUUGUGUGGAUUUGUGUAGUGUUCCUUGAUCUGGAGACUCGUCUUGUUGUUUGCACUCCCAUUUAGCUGUGCUUUUAUCGGGAUACGUGCCUGCUGUCUGGUUUGUUCGUAUGUAUGUGUGGUGCUAACCCAGUAGUAGCAUCGGUGUGCGAGGACGCACGCAUGCAUGCACAACGGACUGCUUGCCGCCAGUAUUGGCCAACCAUUCUUUGGAUCUUUCGUGAUCGUCAAGUUCACUUCGGUGAAGACAACUGAUGAAAGGCUGGCGAAAUGUGCGAUCUAGGACUACCCACAACCUGGUGUCCCGGUGUUGCUGCUACGUUCAGUUUUUUUUUGUGUUGUUCAUGUGUUGAUUUUUCAGUAAGCAUGACAGAACAAUAGCUGAACGUGACUGACGGCAGGGGAAAACGACGCGGGUCGUACUCCAGCUUUUCAGCUUUUCAGUCUCCUGAGAAAGAGGUACACACGCUCAGAAAACGCGAUAGACUGGGAGGGAAUACGUUGGGUUGACAUUCCGCGGGCUUGCACCAAACGAAGUGCGUUCGAGUUGGAAAUUCUGUGACUUAGGCGUCUUUGGCUUUUGCUGCUGCCGCUGCUGCAGGCCGUGAAUGCUACUGUGCCCACGAGGUUGCUUUCGAGCUUUGUCGAACGACGUGUGAAACGUUUGUCAUGCUUGUAAGGAGGGUUCAGUUUUUUCACGACUAGGCAAAUUUGGGAGCCACCUUGAAAUUCGGCCUUUUCGGUAUCUUUUGCUUGCAGUGUCCCUACUGAGUAUAUGUACAACGAAAAAGCCUUGGUGCAACGAGUGGCUGCUUUUUUUCGUUCGUAUAUAGCCGAAAGACGUGGAGAACCCAUUUUUGUAUGAAGCAGGUAAGGUUGGACUCUUGGUUUUUUUCAAAUCAUUUGUUCUGGUGUUUUGCCGUAAUGGCGUUUAUUUUUCGACAUGUUGUGGGUUCAAGUAGAACAGCGCAGGGUGGGGGUUACCGUCAAGCAAGCCCGACCGAUGCUAGCCCCGCUACUUCUACGUCUGGUGCGAUACAUGCGCAACACCGCGAGUCACUUGCAUACUGUGGGCGCGCGGGUAGCCCGUAGCCGAGACAUUGCGCUGU